AAUUUUAAAACUUAAAUCGUAUAUUAAAAGGACCACAAUAACCCAAACCAAAAGCCAAAAACCCGCCGGUUGACGGUGGUCGCCGUCCAUCUCCACCCACCACCACCACCACAAUAAUUCAAUCAAUUUGACCCUCCGAAAUCCUUACAUCUAAUCAAAUUCAGGUACGUGAAUGGCGUCUUCAUCGGAUCCGUGGACUAGGGAAUAUAAUGAGGCUUCUAAACUUGCUGAUGACAUAACCGGAAUGAUAUCGGAAAGGGCUUCGUUUUCCGGAACGGAAGCGCAGCGGCAUUCUUCCGCUAUUCGUAGGAAGAUUACGAUACUAGGAACUAGACUUGAUAGCUUACAGUCUCUGCUUACUAAGCUUCCUGCUAAACAGCCGUUGACGGAGAAAGAAAUGAACCGACGCAAGGAUAUGCUUGGAAAUUUGAGAACAAAGGUAACACAGAUGGCCACCACAUUGAACAUGUCAAACUUUGCUAAUAGGGAUAGCUUGCUUGGGCCAGACAUUAAGCCAGCUGAUGCCAUGAGCAGAAUAGCUGGUUUGGACAACUCUGGUGUUGUUGUCCUUCAGAGACAAGUUAUGAGAGAACAAGACGAAGGCUUAGAGAAACUGGAGGAAACAGUGAUUAGUACCAAACAUAUUGCUUUGGCAGUCAAUGAAGAACUUGACCUGCAAACUAGACUCAUUGAUGACCUUGAUGAACAUGUAGAAGUUACAGAUUCUCGACUUAAGAGAGUGCAGAAGAACCUAGCUGUUCUCAACAAACGAACCAAGGGUGGUUGCUCCUGCUUGUGCAUGCUAAUGUCUGUGAUUGGAAUUGCUGUCCUAGUUAUUGCUCUAUGGAUGAUAAUAAAGUACUUAUGAUGCAAGAUGUGUCUAGCUCUACUCUGUGUGAAGACUGGCGUCUUAUACUGGUGAUCCGAGUGCUUUGCUUGUGUAAUAAUAUAUGUAUUUUGCUUAAAAUUAAA